AGCCACCCAGGUGCCCCAUUAACUUGUGUCUUUGGACAGGUUUUUUAUCCUGAGUCUCUGAGCCCCCAUCGAUAGAAUGGAUUGUGGUGAGGAUUUCGAAUCAAAGGCAUAUUUUAAAAGCCCAGCACAGUACCUAAUGUUGGGAAGAUGCUCAUCCUGGGUCAAUUUUCUUCUUCUAGAAAAGUCUCCUGCUUUGAACCCUGGGCAGAAUCUCUAACGCUAUAGCUUCUUUGUGAUUCCAAUAGAGGGUUUGUUUUAUUCUACUCAUGUAGCCAUUCAACCAACCAACAUUUACUGGGCACUUUUCAUGUCCCAGGACUCGCAGAUACAAAGGCAGAUAAAAUAUGGGCCUUGUUCACAUGUUGCCAUAGACUGUGGAAAAUAGAAGGAGCUGACCAGGGACCUGUAGAAAGAUGAUCAAGUGCCACCGAAGGCCCUGCUAAAGUCCCCCACGCAAUCAGCUCAAGGAGCAGGACUCAGCUCUGAUGCCUCAAAGGACAAAGCUAAUUGGGGGAAAGCAAGACGUAAACAGGUUACCCGGCUGGGGGAGAGGACAUCGGCUGGCUGGUGUGCCAUCUAGCACCGAAGCAUCUACCUUCUCCUCUGAAGGUGAAUUCAAGGACCCGGACAGGUGCUGCUGGAAACACAAGCAGUGCACUGGGCACAUCAUCCACCCCUUCACCUCGGACUGUGGCCACCACAACCUGCACCUGCACUCCGUCAGCCACCGUGACUGUGCUUCUAGGCUGAAGGAUUGCCCAGAGAAGACAAAUAGCGACAACUCCCGAGAUGUGGGCCCAACCUGCUCCCGAGAUGAGGGCUCAACAUGUUUCAACGCCAUCCAGUCCCCUUGCUUUGAGCUCAUCCCAGAGGAAGAGUGUGUGGAGCGGUUCUGGUAUGGCUGGGGCAACAGCUACAGGCCUGUCUCUGUGGCAGUGAUCUAUCAUCCAGUCCACCAUGACUAUGUGGCAGACGACCUGAAUGAAGAGGAGGAGGAGGAGGAAGGCCAGGCCCCCAUUCCGACCCAGGUGGGGCCCGCCACCGCCGCACCCACUGACACAGGCCCGGGCGCCGUCCCAGGUAGCCCAGACUCAGCAGCUCCCGUCACCAUCUGGCGCUCUGAGAGCCCCACGGGGAAGUCCCAGGGCAACAAGGUGAUCAAGAAGGUGAAGAAGAAAAAAGAAAAAGACAAAGACAAGGAAGACGAGACGGAGGAGAAGGUAAAGCCGAAGAAAAAAGUCAAGAAGGGCAAGUUGAUGAAAAAGAAAAGCCCGGUGGAAUCGGAAUCUUUACCUCCAGACUUGAGCCGAUCAGUAAGCCCCAGAGAGUUGACCAGGAUGUCUGAGUCCAGCCCAGACAGCCCGGAGGACCUGGAGAGCGAGGACAGUUACAAGGACCCCAGGCGGGAGGAGCCCUCCAGCGAGGAUAUCGUGGAGUCUUCGUCGCCCAGGAAGAGAGAGAAGAACACGGUCCAGACUAAGAAACCUGGGGCCAAGACCUCACCAGUCAAGAAGGUCAAGAGGAGAUCUCCCCCAGCAUCAAACCCCAAUCUCAGUUGAGGCCAGGGCGUCCAGGGUGAAGAAUAAAUGCGAUCAAGCCUGUAGCAGA